GUCACACCACACACAGUUCAGUGCGGCGCGGGCGGGGCGUUUUUCGUGAAAAUCUACGCACGGACUUUUCGUAGUUUCCCGAUAGUAAACCAUCCGUUUGUUUUGUUCCGCUAAUUUCCGUUUUUUUUCUGUUCGCCACACUUUUUUGUUGGGGAUUCGAACGCAGUGCCCCAAAAAGUGUCCAAUUGGAAUUGUGAGUGAAUCACCGAUGGCCGCGGUCGGGGGAAACUCCUCCUUUGUGGGAUGCUGUUGGCUGCAAAUGCAAAUGCACUCGGCGCAGCGCAACUUCAACAAAUCAGCCAAAUAACAGUAUUCAAACCAGGAAACCAAUUCAUAAAGGACAAUUAAUAGUAAUUGAAAAUCGAAUACGAAUCAUUCGAAUUGGAAUAUUAAAUUAUAACUGGAGUUGGAGUUGGAAAGAGGGAGAGGCAGUAAGUGCAAGUGUGUGGGGGUAGCAGUCACACCGACACAAGCACACACACAAAUACACUUACUUCAUAGUGCAUAAAACUCCAAAUUGCGUUCGUUUGACUUCGGCUCUCUUCGUUUUGUUUGCUCUCUCCCAUUUCCCGUUCGUUCGCCCACGCAACAGAGAGAAAGAGAGAGACAGAAAAAGAGUGGCAAAGGGAGUAAGAGAGCAAGGAAGUGGUUUUCCACCGAAAUAUAUCGACAAAGGCAAACUGCAGAGUUAGCUAAAAAAAUAAGGAGGCAAACGAGAGACACAAACAGAAAAAGAAAUAGCGGUUAACUCGGGCUCCCUUGCUGCGAAUCGUUGAAAUUCAAGACGGAUCGCUAUCGCAUUUCUUCAAUUAUGUAUGUUUCGCUUUUCAUUCCGCUGCAAUAAGCGAUCGCAAGAAAAAGAGAGAGAAACAGGAGACAGAGGGGAGAGCGCUCUCAAUUGAAGACUCCCACUCCAAACGCCCCCUCACACACACACACACGCUCACACAACCCCCCUCUCCCCCAUAAUUACUAUGGAUUGUGGUGGUAUUGCGGCACAUCAACAACAACAACUUCAACAGCAACAACUGCACUUACUCCAGCAACAAAUACAACAACAACAUCAGCAGCAACAACAAAACCUCGAGGAAGCAGCAACAAUAACAAAUAUCAACCUAAGGGGCAUCUUGGUGGGCAGUGCUGCCAGCGGCGUGGGCGUAGCAGGAUCAGCAGGCGGAGGAGUCGUAGGAGGAGUCGGAGCAGCGGCAACGACGACGACGACCGCCGCUGGUGGUUGUGGUGGUGGUGGUGGCUUCGUGGCUGGCGGGGAUUGCCAGGUGAUUGGCGCGGCGGGUGGCGCUGGCGUCAAGCUGCGCAGGCACAGCGAUCGUCCCCUGACGCCGGAGGCCAAGCAGCACUCGCACACGUACCGCAUCUCGAUGGCGAACCUGGAGGACUCGCAGGAGUCGGAGCUGGACCAGAUCCUCGGCGAACUGAGUCUGCUGGAGGCGCAGAUCAGCUAUGGCGAACCGUCCAUGCUGCCCGGCAUUUGUGCCCCGAUAGGCGGCAUUCCCCUGGCCCCAUUCCCGCCCACUGGGGGAUUGGUUGGCGGCAAUGCCACCUCGAUGGCUUCCAUGUCAUCGGCGGCUUCGUCGCGUUCGCAUUCGCGCACCAAUAGCAGCAUUUCAGCGGAUGUCAGCAGCUGUUCCUCGUCCGGAAUCUCGGAGAAUGGUCAUGGCAUCGUUGGUAUGCCCAUGCCAACGGGAUUGAUGAUGCAACAGCAACAGCAGCAGCAGCAGCAGCAGCAACUGCAGCAGCAACAGCAACUGCAGCAGCAGCAACAGCAACCGCAGGUUGGCAUGAUAAUGGGUAUUACGAUGGGCGUGGUCACGCCCCGUGAACCGCGCACCGAAUCCCCCGACAACGAUUCGGCUUUCAGCGAUACGGUCUCGCUCCUGUCCAGCGAAUCGUCGGCCUCCUCGAACACAUCCCUGCAGCAGCAGCAGCAUCAGCAGCAGCAAAAGCACACCCACUCCCACUCGCACUCGCACUCGCAUUCGCAUCAUCAUCAUCAGCAGCAGCAGCAGCAGGAUAAACUGCUGCACACUGGCAACCAACAGAGUGGCGCCAAUAGCAUCUCCAAAGCGGCCAAGAUCCAGUUGGCGCUGCACAAGCUCGAGAGCGCCUCCAUUCGGCGGCUGUUCGUGAAGGCCUUCACCUCGGAUGGGGCAUCGAAGUCCCUGCUGGUGGAUGAGCGCAUGGUUUGCGGACAUGUCACUCGCCUGCUGGCCGACAAGAACCACGUGCUCAUGCAGUCCAACUGGGCGCUCGUGGAGCACUUGGGUGAUCUCCAGAUGGAACGCCUCUUUGAGGACCACGAACUGCUGGUUGACAACCUGAUGACGUGGAACUCGGACGCCGGCAACCGCGUGCUCUUCCAGCAGCGACCGGACAAGGUGUCGCUGUUCCUGCGCCCGGAACUCUACCUGCCGGGACCACAGAUGGCGCCCGGCUGCCAGCACGACGAGCAGACGCGCCAGAUGCUCCUCGACGAGUUCUUCGACUCGCACGCCCAGCUGCAGCUGGACGGGCCGCUCUACAUGAAGGCCGAUCCGAAGAAGGGCUGGAAGCGGUACCACUUUGUGCUCCGCUCGUCGGGCCUGUACUAUUUCCCCAAGGAGAAGACCAAGAACACACGCGACCUGGUUUGCCUGAAUCUCUUCCAUGGCCACAAUGUCUACACUGGACUGGGUUGGCGCAAGAAGUGGAAGUCGCCCACGGACUACACGUUUGGCUUCAAGGCCAUCACGGACUCCUCGCUCGGCAAAUCGUGUCGAUCGCUGAAAAUGCUCUGUGCCGAGGACCUGCCGACCCUCGAUCGCUGGCUGACGGCCAUUCGGGUGUGCAAGUACGGGAAGCAGCUGUGGGAUAGCCACAAGUCGCUGCUCGAGGAUCUCUGCCUGAACCGCGACGAUUCGGUGUCGCAGUCGAGCUUCGCGGCCUCCAUGCGCAGCGAGUCCAUUUCGAGCAUCUCGUCGGCGGUUCCCUCGCAGUGCGGCAGCGUUUCCUCCGCCAUCAGCAGCAUGUCCAACUCGACGAGUGGCCGGACAUCGCGUGCCUCCAGCUCCAGUUCGAGCGGCUGCCUCUCCGAUGACAACAAUGGCUUCGACUCCGAGUUCACCACGGGCACCAUCAAACGGAAGCCGUCGAUGAAGCCCAACCUGCCGCUGACCACGAUGACGCGCCAGCUGAAGGAGGUGGGCGAGAUCACGAUCUGCGAGAGCGCCGGCGGGGAUGCCAGUUCGCCGGAGAGGAGUGGCACUCUGACGCGUCGCCACAGUCGUCGCAAAUCGCAGGAGAGCAAUGGCAGUGGAACGCUCAAGCGACGACCCAUUCCCGUGCCAGUGGCCGCCGUUGUUGGAGUUGGAGUGGGUGUUGGUGUUGGUGUCAAGCAGCAGGUGGAACCGAUGGGCGGCAGUGCCUCGUCCACCUCCUCCAGCAGCAACUCCACACCCACACCAACGCCAAGUAUUUGUGCUAAACCGCCGCCGGGAGAUGCUGCCACUGCCGCCUCAAUGAUGUGCUCGUCCACGUUGUCGCUGGACUCACUGCCUCCGCCGCCGCCGCCACCCGCUCUGGAUGGCAGCGAGGAUCAGGACGUGUACGGGUCGCAGCUUUCGCUGGCCUCGCUGCCACCGCCGCCGCCUCCGGAGGAGGUGCUGGCCAUGACCUAUCCGAUGGAUCCGCCGAGCCCCGCGACUCCCACACCGAUGAGUGCCACUCCCCUGAUGAUGAUGAUGAUGCCCAACAGCAACGGUUCGCUGCCACCGGCUGUGCCGGCCAAACCGAUCAAGCCGGCCGUUAAGCAACCGGCCGAAGCACUCAAAGCAGCUCCGCCCUACAAGGCCCCGCCGGAUUAUGUGGGUCCCGCUUUGAUUCCUGCCGGAGGAGGAGCAGGCGGAGCAGCAGCAGGAGCAGGAGGUGGAGUAGUAGGACCACCAUUGCCGCCGCCGCCACCUGCCGCCCAGAAGAAGGUCUCCUUCGCCGAUUCGCCGGUGCUGUUGCGUCGCAAAAUGUGCUCACCGAAUCCCACGCUGCCGCAGCGCUCGCCCAGCACCACGCUGAGCUGCCAUUCCAGUGCGGAUUCGUCGGCGUAUCAGACGUACGCACCCGGACCAAUGCUGCCGCCACGCACGGACAUGGCGCGACUCUCCUGCCAGAGCAACGGGAGCAGCAGCAGCGAGGUGACGUCGCCGAAACGCCUCCAGGAGUCCGCAUCGAAUCCGCCGCGUGACUUCCUCAAGGAUCUGCAGCGUGUGAUGCGCAAAAAGUGGCAGGUGGCGCAGAAGUGCAAGGCCGAACCGGCCACGACGCCACACGAAGUGCUGGGCUUUCGGGAUUUCAGCAACGAGGAUCUGCUGGCGGCCCACAAUUUGAAUUCCGGAGCGAACUCGUCGCACUACUAUCGCGAAACGGCCAACGUGAGCCACUGGGUGAGGGAGCACUACGAGUACGCGCACAAUGCGCUCUACGAGAAUGUUCAUGCGCAGGCGCAGCGGACAAGUGCCACUGGCGGCACAGAGGCAGUCACUCCCCCGCUGCCGCCUCCACCAGGAAACGCCAUUGCGGCGGCCAAGAAGCGUCCGCCGCCACCGCCUCCAAAGAGGAGCGACAAGACGCACCUGACUAAUCGGGUGUAGGAUCCUCGAAAGCGACGGCGAGUCCCGCUCCCCUUCACUUGGAUCCUUUGAAAUCUCCAAAGGCAGGAUUUUCAUGCAGCAGCAGAAACAUUUACUUGUCUAGAAUAAAGUAAAAAUUCCUAUAUAACGUCUAGGCGAAAAAAUAGAGCGAGAUGAAAAUAAGAAAAAACAAAAACUAAUUAAACAUACAUACAUGUAUGACUAUAUAUAUUUUUUAAGAAUACGCUAUGGCCACGCCCACUUCUCUUACACAAGUAUUACAUAUAAACAGAGAAUCAAACUGUAGAAUUUGCUUUUAUAGUUCAGAUUCAAAUCACGUCAAAAGUGUCAACAAUUUCCAAAAACAAUAUUUGUAAUCCAUAAAUGAUUUCUGAAAUUUAUAUAUUUUUAUCUCUAUGUAAUUUUUACAAUUUUUAUUUUAUAUAGAAAAAAAAAUUAAAAAAGGGUUUUAGAAAACGUUUUAUACACGAAAAAUCAAAUAAAAUAUAUUUAUUUUCCAUAACACAUUUCGAGCAAUUACAAAACAAACAAAAUUUAUUGCUAAUUGUUGACACUUUUGACAGGCUUUGAUUCUUCGUCAAGAUUUUCAUUUUCAAAAUAAUUUUUGGAAUAUCAACCAAAAAAGCAAAAUGCGAAAAGCAAAAGGAAUUCUGCAUUAGUAAAAAUAUUUAAGCUAAAUUUUAGUUUGUAAAAAGCAAAACAAGUAAUGCAUUUUAAAAAACGGUAGUGCAUUAUUAAAAGAACACUAAAUUAGCGUCAGAUAAGUGAAAUGUUUUUAAAUAUACAUGCACUUUUUUUUAACUGUUUAGUUGCUCAUAGUAUUGAUUACAAUUUUUUUUUGCGAUUAUCUUUAUAACGGUAGUGAACGUUUUGUAAGCGCAUGAAAUGCGCUGCGCUAGCGAAGGAAAUGCCUUAUAAAGCAUAUAAACCUAAAAGAGGAAAAGCCCACAUAUACACCUAAUAUGUACAUGUAUAUUAAAUACAUACAUGUGUUGAUCUAUCCAAAUAAUUUGCUGUUUAAAGCGAUACUAUUCUCUUUAUUUAAAAUUGUAAUUUCACUCUGAUUGUUCAGUUAAACAUUAAUAAUCAAAUGCUAAGUUUUCAAAAGAUUUGUCAAGUUCCUCAAUAGUGUUAAAUUAUUCAUUCUCUUGUACUUAUAUGAAAUCACAGAUAAAACAGACAGAUCAGCCAUAAAAUACAAUUUGUAUGUGCAAAUCAAACUAUUUAUAUAAAAAGAAAGGCAAUAAGAGAAAAUGGAAUUAUUUCUGUACACAAAUCAAAUAUGUAAUUCAUCUAGUAAUUGUAAUUGUAAUUGUAAUAAUAUAUAAAUUUAUUAUUUGGUAAA